GUAUGAAUUCUGAUAACUCGUUUGUUUCUUGGAAAGAGCAGUUUCCAUACUGCUUUCAGUUUCCUGUGUGAGACAGGAAACAGACCCGUGGAGGGUGUUACAGCAAGCUACUGAUAUACAACAAUGAAACCUGACAGCUCUCACCGAUGGCCCUGCAGCUCUUCAUAGUAUGAUCGCUGCCCUCUGGCCUCAAAGUCUGGGAUCCACAGCGAAGACAUUGGGAUGUUGAGGAGUGAGGUGCCCUCAGCAGGGAUCAGAGUUAGCACCACAUUGUGGAUUGGGGCCAGCUUGCACCCUCUCACAGCUGAUGUGUCAGGCUCUCUGCAAACCCAGGGAGAGUUUAAGGAGUGGUUCGCCCUACAUUUAAAGCCCAUUAAACACAGGGAGACACGAUUCCCUGGCGUCGCCCUGGGGUAACAGUCACAUGCAGAGCGAGCCAGGGAGCUCAAUGUAGGGCAUCCGGACUGGCUGGAGAUGAAGCCAGGAUGAGUUGUUAGCUCCUUCCCUGCCCAGACAUCACUGCCAGUGUGUCCCUAAGGAGCAGCAGGUCGGCAGGCUGCUCUGAGAUCCCUACUCUGGGCAGGGACCCUUCAUUCCUCAGCUCCCCCAACGGGCCCUUUGACCGGGUCUGGUGGAAACGCAUGUGCUUUAAUGGGCACUGGAAGUGCUGGAGUUGUGACUCCCCUGGACCUAAACAGUUUGGCCAGAGCCCUAGCGGAGAGAAAGCUCCUCGUCAGCUCGACACCUUCAGGAAGUCACCACUACUUCUCCCUCCGGAGAUAACACCCCAGCAGCUGCGUCUUCUCAGAAAUGAGGGAUAUCUAGAACUGAAACAAAAACCCUCAGCAAAUAUUCAACUCUCCCAGUGCUGGGUAACAGUCACCCAGAACCCGGGGCUGAGAUGCAGUCACCUCUGGGGCAGGGCAGGUGGGGUACAGCUAUGCAUAAUGUUGCACAGGGAUGGCUCGCCCAGCACUGAGCUGCAGCCACCUCUGGGAUAGAGCAGCUGGGGAACAGCCGCACAUAACACCACACUGAGAUGGCUCACAACUGUGAAAAUGUAAAUCAGUAAAAACUGAGAGAAAAUAUGCUUCAAAAUCCAUCAGAAUUAUAAGACAAGUAAAAAUCAGAUUCUGCCAAACUGUGCCAGGCCUUGCCAUGGCGGCAUUUCCCAACAGACACAUGCCAGGAUGUCGACUCGUCGUUCCAACGGUCACUGUUUUCCACAGGAAGCUGAUACGUUUGGGAGGCAAAUGUCACAGUCUGGAAAAAUCCCGGUUUCAAGUCCAAAAACCGCUUGGAUGGGAAAUUUCUGCCCCACCCCUUCACUGGCUGUUUUGCAGCUAGUCUGAGCUUGGAGCCGGGCAGUGAGGACAGGUGCAAGGUAUUCCUGCAGGAUCAGGGGGAUGGAGCAACUCCGGGAGGACGUCACCUGCUCCAUCUGUUUGGACGUCUUGAAUGACCCCGUCUCCAUCGAGUGUGGCCACAACUUCUGCCGGGGCUGCCUCUCGACUCACUGGAGCCAGAUCUCAGCCCAGGGGCACUGCUGCCUGGAGUGCUGGGCUCCCUGCUCCAGGGAUAGGAUGAUCCCAGAUGCACGUCUCAGAAACCAGGUGGAGAAACUCACCGAGCACCUGCGGGAAGAGCCAGAGCCACAGGGGCCAGGGGCUCAGCCAGAGCCGGGGCGCCCGGUGCAGCUGGUGUGUCUGGACGAGGAAGAGAACCUGAUCCUGGAUGAGGAGGCCCUGAGCCGCUGCCUGGAGCAGGGUGGGGUGGGGGACGCCCCCGUCUGCCUGGUGUCCAUCAUUGGGGUGAAGCGCCAGGGUAAAUCCUUCCUGCUGAACUACCUGCUGCGCCGGCUCCGGAGCCCGGACACAAGGGAUGGGUCAUGGAUGGGCCAGGAGGAUGAGCCCCUGGAGGGGUUUGAGUGGCGCCGGGACACAAAUCGAGUCACCAAGGGGGUGUGGGCGUGGAGUCAGCCCUUCUGGGUCCCCACCCAGAGGGGCCAGGUGGCCGUGCUGCUGGUGGACACCGAGGGCUCCAUGGACAUUGAGAGGAACAAGGAGACCAGCAUCAAACUCUCCGCCUUGUCCAUGCUGCUCAGCUCCUACCAGAUACUGAAUAUUUCGAAUGAGGUGAACGACGCAGAUCUUGAAUACCUGGAGAUAUUUGUGCAUGUGGCCGAAGAGGUGGGAAAAGCGUUCGGACUGGAGCCCAUUCAGCACCUAGACCUGCUGGUGCGGGAUUGGAGCAACUCCCCAGUCCUUGGAGCCGAGGGUGGGGAGCAGCAUCUGAGACACAUCAGACAGGAGAUGCUGAAGGCGAGGUCCCCUUGCAAACACCCCAAGGCCCUGGAAGCGCUGAGCAGAAACAGCAGCCGCUGUUACCUGAUGCCCUUCCCUGGCGAGCGGAUCACGAUGGGGAGCAAGGGAAGGCUGAGAGACAUGGGUGAGAAUUUCCGGGAGAGCCUGAGGGACUAUGUCACCACCCUGGUGGGCUCGGCCAGUCAACAUGUCCAGAUGGACCGGCAUGGGGAGAUGCUCACCGGGACACAGCUCGCUGCCAAGAUAAAGAAUUUAUCUGAUGUGAUGAAGAAACAUCGCUCCGGCUUCUCCUCUCCCUGUCAGAUGGCCAUCACCUUCCACAACCAGAGAGUCCUGGAUAGGGCCAGCGCAGACCACGCUGUGUUUCUGAAGGAGAAGGACGGCCUGUCCCAGCAGAUGGUCGACUGUCUGAAGGUGGAUCCGAGCGCGAUGGCGGAGCAGUUGGUGGAGCAGUGCAGGUCGCUGCUGGAGCGGUGCCGGGAGGAGAUGAAGGAGCCGGAGGAGACCCUGCUGACGGCGCUAGAGGAGGAGCUGACUCGGGAGGCCAAGACCUUCCUCGAGACCUAUGGAAAGCGCUAUCAGCGUCAUGCCAUCAGUGUGGGUGUUGCCGUAGGGGGCGUGGUCCUGGGGUUGCUGUGUGGUGGCUUGGAGUCCUUGCCACUGUUGCUGCGGAGCUAAGUGCUGCCGAGGCAGCUGCCCUUGGGGCAGGGGUGGGCAGUGCAACCGGGAUGUGCAUGGGCAGAAGGGUGGGUGGCGACAUCGGGCAGCAGGAAACCGCGAGAGCUGCAGAUGCCCACAGGAAAAGGGCAUCGCCGUCAGCAGAA